AUGGAAGCCGCACAACGAGCAAUCAUUGAUCCUCUGAUCGAGCCGGACCCAAGCGACGAGACUGGACUCAACAGCCACUUUCGCUCAACUUUCGCUCCCGCUGCUCCAAUCACACCACCUGGUGAAUCCCCCAAGGAGCACUCCUCAGUCAACAUCCAGCAUACCGGCAGUUCAACCAGCACAAACCCGUUUCGUCGCUCUAGGGCUGCGUCAGAUACUAAGGGAGCGUCUGCCUCAGUGACCAACUAUGGAUAUUCUUCUUCACACAGCAGGAGGAACGACUAUCCCUCCCCUCCCAGCUCCGCCAGCCCCAAGCACACCCGGUUCCCCAACAAUCACCGUGCCGAAGCCUUCGGAUCCAUGAAUGAAGCUAAGCCACGACGAGCCAGCAACCCCCCACCAUCCACGUUCAACAACGGCCUCUCCCGCGGAAACUCUCUGAAAGAGCGCUACCCGGGCGACAAGUCUCACCGGCCACUCGACCAGCUGCGCCAUGAUGAGAAGGUUGCUCACCGCGCUCCACACUUGAGGAAAAAGAACAUGCAGGGUGCAGACGUCAUUGACCGCCUCGACAAGGCAAGCAUCCUUCGUUACCACCACGAGGGUCCGUACGAUGCCGCCAGCAUUGCCCGCAACAGAGUUGAAAAGUAUAGUCCCCUUGCGGCCGUCAAGGACUCGAACGAGGAGGCACUGAAGGCUACUCCCCGCGAGAACAUUAUCGACUCGCUUCAGAGACAUCGUCCUCUCGAGGGCGUUGCCAAUAUCCCACCCGGCAUGCCGGAUCGUUUCGGAAGGGUUCUCGAAUACGAAGAGGGAGCCGACCUGCAGCGUGAGCCUGGGGGUGAUUACCGCCGCUGGCCUGGUGUCCAAUACCACCCCGACGACCUCAAGGGCAAGGGUGAGCCAUCGUUCACAAUUGAGCGUGCCCUCAAGGAACACAAGCGUACCGGCGACAGCGGCACUGAGAUGAAGACGCGCAGCCGUCGUGCCCAUAGUGCUGGCCACACUGACGCGUACGGCUCCAGCAGCAAUGAUCAUGCUGAGAAGAGCAUGGGCAGUGCAAUCAAGAGACGUAUCGGCAGUCUCCGUCGCCGCAAGCAGGACCCAGAGGUGUAG